AUGCCUGUCCCCUUCGAGGCCCUCAUUCCCUAUGCCAUCAUCGUCACGAUGUUCGGCGUCACGGGCGCCGGCCUGUCUGCCAUCAAGACCGCCCAGAACGGCGGCAAGAAGGCGAGAUGGUCGUUGGAUACCUGGGAUAGAUACGAACCACUUAUAACUGCGAAUUACACGAGUCAUGACACACCUUUGUGCACAUCCACCCUGACAGCGACUGACAAUGGGUGCUUUAUAGUGAUGGACCGCGACCGCAGACUUACCGGAUGGUUACGAGGGCAAACAGAUGCCGCAGAUGCGCCCUAUGGGUUUGAGUACAACAACCCGUGGAGAGGCGGAAAAGCCGAGAGGAUUAUCGAGAGAACCAGGCUCACCCACGAUAUCGCGACGACCGCACCGACGACCCUUACCGUUACGUUCCACGAUAUCGAUACGGCACCCCUAUUCGGACCAUACCAGCCGUGUGCGGAAAAACAGGACGCUUAG